CGCGGCGCGCAUAGAGCGCGCGCUAGCUAGCUUCAGUUGAAUAGCGGAAAUGGCCUCCCAACGGGCUUUCGCCCAGAAACUUAACAAGUCUCAGCAUGCAGCGGAUAUACGACGUCAGGUUUCGUCACAUUAUUCCAGUAAAGAUGUAGCACGUUUUGCAGGUGGUCUAGGACCUGGUGGAAUACCUCUGUCAGAGAUCCUGGAUCCAUUAGACUAUGAAGAGUACAUACAGCAGAGUAAAGGAGCCAUGGAGCUGGAUCCCCUCAAGCAGCUCCUGGAGUAUCCUGAAGAUGAUGUCAGGGUUAUGGCUAUAUCCAGAGAGAUGAGAACAACCAGACAACCUCACCCAGGCCCAGAGGCUGAGAAUGUGAGUCUGCAGGUGCGUGACUGCCUGAAAUGGUACACAUGUGACUGGUCAGUGGUAGAUCGCAAGUACAAGGAGAAUGCUAUGUCUCACCAAGGCAAUAUCAUGAAACUGAGACAGAGGAGUCUGGCUAUCAGCAGUGACAAGGUCUAUGAGGUCGAUGAAGAAGAGAAUGAAGAAUGUACAACGCCCACAAACGAGAGGAAACGUACAUCCAUCCAUCUGGAUACCACUCCAAGGGGAUCAUGGGCUUCUAGUAUCUUUGACUUGGAUCAGAGUGAGUGUGACGCCCUCCUUCCUCAUCUCCUUGAUCACAUCCCUAUUGAGCAGCAGGAUGCUAUGAAUGAAGAGGUUCGGAAUAGAAACCGAGAGAAUGACAUCUUCAGCUUCUACCCUCCACCAGAUGAGAAUGAUGCAAUAGAGAGAAAAACACUUCCACCUAUCCCGUCGGAACACUUUGGAUACAGGCUUCUCAUCAAAUGCUUGCAGCUCAAAUUGGAACCAGAUUUUGAACCAAUCUUUGCCUCCAUGGCCCUGUAUGACGCAAGAGAAAAGAAGAAGAUCUCUGAGAACUUCUACUUUGACAUGAUGCCUGAUCACAUCAAGGCGAUGGUGAAGGGUAAGCUAGGAUUCCCUGAUGUAUCAAGCCAAGCUAGAGGUGCAAUAUUCUCCCUUACCUACCCUUCCAACGAUGUCUACAUCGUCAUCAAACUUGAGAAGAUUCUUCAGCAAGGUGACAUUUCAGAGUGCGCCGAGCCAUACAUCAAAGACUCGGACAACCCAAAGCACAUGGAGAAGAUCAAAUCAACUGCUGCAUAUUUCUGUGAGAAGCUUGGAGUGUACCGAAUGCCCUUGGCUUGGACAGCCAUUCAUCUCAUGAAUAUCAUCAAUGGUGCCAGUAGUCUUGACAGGAACUCAGAUGCUGAACUGGAUAAAAAGUCGAAUAGUUUGGAGAUGGGACGUAAAAAGAGCACUGUGGGCGAACCGGGUCAAUACGGCUCCCUUCCCCGACGAGGCGAGACGAGCUCUUCUUCUUUGAAGCGCAAUGGAUCUGAGAGAAGAAGCUUCUACAAGGUGGAAGAUGAUAUCAGCAACCUAGAGACAUUUCAUCCUGUUACCAUCACUGUAUCAAGCUUCUUCAAACAGGAAGGGGAUAAGCUGAGUGAUGUAGAUCUGUACAAGUUUCUAGCAGAUCUCAAGAGACCCACUACUGUCCUGAAGAGACUUAAGUGUAUCAGAGGUUCUCUCAAGCUUGAUAUAUCUCCAGUAGUAGACCACCCUGCCUACUGUUUGACCCCUGACCUUUACCAGGUCAAACCAUUCCCAGACAACAGGACGAGGCCCACUAAAGAGAUUCAAGAGUUUCCUGCCAGAGAGGUGUACGUGCCACACAGUGUUUAUAGGAACAUCUUGUACCUGUACCCUCGCUCUUUGAACUUCUCUAACCGUGGUGGUUCAGCAAGGAAUAUUACUGUCAAGAUUCAGUUCCUAGCAGGAGAUGACUUUGGAAGUGGAAUUGAGUGUAUCUAUGGCAAGUCCAGCAGCCCAGAGUACGGUCGUCAGGCCUACACCUCUGUGUGCUACCACAACAAGUCACCUGACUUCUAUGAAGAGAUCAAGAUCCGUUUGCCAGCAGACCUCAGAGAUCAGCAUCAUAUUCUCUUCACGUUCUACCAUAUCUCUUGCCAACGGAAACAGGACAUUGCCCCUGUCGAGACUCCUAUUGGUUAUUCGUGGCUUCCUUUGUUGCGAGAUGGUCGACUCCAAACUGGUGAUUACAACCUUCCAGUGUCAUUAGAGAAACCGCCAUCAAACUACUUCAUGCUCUCCCCUGAUAAAAAGGCUUCGUCCAAUGACCAAGUGCAGCUACCAGGGAUGAAGUGGGUGGAUGGUCACAAGCAGUUGUUCAGUGUGACCCUGAAGGCUGUGUCAUCUGUACACCCUCAGGAUGAGUACGUGGAUAGGUUCCUUCACCUGUGUCAUGCCGUAGAGCAAGGUAGUAUCCCUAGAUCCAUUGGGGAUCAAAACAUGGAGUCUGAGCUGAUCAAUAGUACGGUCAACCUUGGUCAAUCUGUGGCCGAACCCCUGGUCAAGUUCCUUCAUAUCCUUCUGGAUAAACUCAUUCUCAUGAUGGUCAAUGCUCCUAUCAUCAACGGUCAUAUAGUAAACAUGGGACAAGUAUGUUUUGAGACGAUCGCUGAGAUUGUUGACCGUCUUCACGUCCUUCUUGAUAACCGACUGGACAACCAUGGUCGUAACACACUCCUAGCUUCCUUUGUUCACUAUGUCUUCAGGCCUCCUGAUGCUGAGGGCGCCACCAAUAUGGUAGCUGGUACCGGUGGCAAAGGGUUCUCCCCACCUACGCCCACUCAAUCCAUGAACUUCAGCAACUACGGUACAGUGGCCCGCUCCAACAGUCUUAACUUCAAGCACCGCACCACCUUGCGCAACUCCAGCACCAGUCUAAGUAUCCCCGCCUCCCCGGAUGAUGACAUGGAUUCUAUCCUUCACAAUCGCUUCGGCAGCGAGCGCCAAGGGUCAGCAAGGUCACCGAACCGGUCCGGGACGGGGAUGGGAAAUGUUCCGGUGAUUGGACUCGGUGGACGAGUACCGCCAAGAAAGCUGGUACAUGAAGAACUCACACUCCAGUUUGUGGUAUCUAACGGCAAGGCUAAGGAGAAAGCAUUCAGUCAUGCAUGGUUCUUCUUUGAACUUAUUGUAAAGAGUAUGGCCCAACACCUUGCUGACUGUGAACGCCUCGACUCCUACCGAAGGAUGAGGUUUACAGAAAGCUUCUGCAAUGACAUCAACUCUGUGGUUACCAUGGUUACAUCAGAAAUCAUUGCCAGGUUUAAUAAGGAUGUAAGACCAAUGCAGCUGUUGAAUGCCAGUCUAGCCUUCUUCCUCCAGGAGCUUCUCACACUAAUGGAUAGGGGUUUUGCCCUUGGUCUCAUUCACAACUACGUCAAGCAGGUAUCUGGUAAGAUCACUGCCCUCAGCGACCCCACCACUCUGGCCUUACUCAAGCUUGACUUCCUGCGCAUCAUCUGCAGCCAUGAGCACUACGUCACCCUCAACCUUCCCUUCCAGCAGUCCAGCUCCUUGUCCCUCUCCCGACCCCCAUCGCCAACCCCUUCCAUCACCAGCACCAACUCCAUUGGAUCCUUCAUCUCCAUACAGACGACUCUGACACAGCUCGGUGACCCUAACAAGAUGGCGGAGUUGUCCUAUGAUUACAGGCAGCAGCAUUACCUUGCAGCCUUGCUUCUUCUCGAUCUGGCAAAUGUCCUCACAACACACAAUAGCAACUUACACCGGCAAGCAAUCGACACUGUGAGCAACCUCCUAGCAUGUCAUGAUGCUGACCAACGCUUCUCUAUGCGUGAAUGCCGGAUGCGUGUUGCUGCCCUCUAUCUACCCCUCUUGGGCAUCAUCAUCGAUGCCUUGCCUCAGCUCAACUGUGCUGCCGUGGACCCGAAGACCAGACCUUCCGCCUCUUUCGGAGACAUGGAUGAUGUUGAUGUCCCUCUAAACCAGUCAGUUGCCAUGGCAAUAGCUGGUACAAGCAUCUUUACGGGAGGUGGAGCAGGAGCAGAGCGAGUUGACUCCGCCCAGAAUCAACAGCGACCACCCCAAGGAAAGACCAGCCUGUCUGAGGAGUCUACCCGUGAUCUCUUGAUGUGUUUCAUCUGGGUGAUUAAGAACGUUGACCCGAUGACCUUACAGCAGAUCUGGGCAUCGCAAAGAGUCACUAGGGUUAACAAGAUGCUGGAUAUCAUGUACUACUGCAUCUACUGCUUUGAGUACAAGGGUAGGAAUGCCAUCAUCCGUCGUAUGAACAGGAUGUCCUUCAAGAAGUCAGACGUGAAGCAGCGUCUAGAGGAAGCCAUCUUGGGAACUGCCAGUGCAAGGAGUGACAUGAUGCAGAGACAUACAAGACAAGGAUCAUCUGGUGAUCGUGGAUUCAGCCCAGCCUUAGGUCAAGCAGAGAGACUAAGAUGGAGAAAGGACCUUACACAUUUCAGACAGAAUGCUGAGAUACCUGAGAGACCAAAGGCUGAGUUGGAAGUCGAAGCUCGUUUAGAAGCUCUCCUGGCCAAUGAGGUAUCUUUUGUUGUCCUCGAUGCAAUGGAACUUCUAGUACAGACUGUAUCUCAGACUGACCAUCUCCAGGGGUGUUUGACCGGUGUCAUGACUGUCCUCCUACAUGCCUUGGCUUGUAAUCAGAGUACCAUCGUCAUGGAGAGUAUUCUCGCCACUCAACGAUCCCUUGUCUUCAAGUAUCCUGAGCUAUUAUUUGAAGAACAGACUGAGCAGUGUGCUGACCUAUGUCUUCGUCUUCUACAUCACUGUAGCUCGUGCAUCGGCAGCGUACGAUCUCAUGCUAGUGCUUCGCUUUAUCUGCUUAUGAGACAGAACUUUGAGAUUGGAAAUAACUUUGCCAGGGUUAAGAUGCAGGUGACCAUGUCACUCUCAUCACUGGUCGGCACGGAAACCAACUUCAAUGAAGAAUACCUGAGACGCUCCUUGAAGACCAUCAUGACCUAUGCUGGGGAUGAUACUGAGCUGCAACAAACAACAUUCCCUGAACAGGUUCGUGAGUUGGUGUUCAAUCUUCACAUGAUCUUAUCAGACACUGUCAAGAUGAAAGAAUUCAAGCAGGAUAAUGAGAUGCUUGUAGAUUUGAUGAACCGCAUCGCCAAGGGGUACCAGAACUCUCCCGACCUUCGACUGACUUGGCUUCAGAACAUGGCUGGCAAGCUCCACGAACAAGGUAAAUUGACUGAGGCUGCUGAGUGCCUGAUUCAUUCUGCCGCCCUCGUUGCUGAGUAUCUUCACAUGCUUGAAGACCGCCCUCAUCUUCCGGUUGGAUGUGUCAAAUUUGAGAAAAUCUCUCCUAAUGUCCUUGAAGAGAGUGCAGUGUCUGACGAUGUUGUCUCCCCUGAUGAGGAAGGUAUCUGUACUGGUAAAUACUUCACUGAAAGUGGCUUGGUGGGACUAUUAGAACAUGCAGCUACACUCUUCAAUGAGGCUGGAUUAUUUGAGGUGGUUAAUGAAGUCUAUAAGAUUCUCAUACCAAUCCACGAAGCAAACAGAGAACAUAAGAGACUCUCCAUCGUCCAUGGCAAACUACAGGAGGCAUUCAACAAGAUUUCAGUUUUGGGUCCUAAGAGGCUGUUUGGGACCUACUUCCGAGUUGGAUUCUACGGACCAAAGUUUGGCGAUUUGAAUGGAGAAGAAUUUGUCUACAAAGAACCGGCUAUCACUAAGCUUCCUGAGAUAGCACAGAGACUAGAGAAAUUCUACUCUGAUCGUUUUGGCGAGGGUAAGGUACACACUAUCAAGGAUUCUAAUACAGUGGACCAGUCUAAAUUAGAUCCUCUACAAGCGUAUAUACAGGUUACCUAUGUAGAACCAUACUUUGAUUACUAUGAGAUCCUUCAGAGGCCUACUCUCUUCAGUAGAAAUUAUAAUCUGAAACGUUUCAUGUUUGCGACUCCCUUCACCAAGGAAGGUCGUGCUCAUGGAGAGCUGAAGGAUCAGUGCAAGAGAAAGACAAUCUUAACCACUAAACAUACAUUCCCGUACAUCAAAACAAGAGUGGGGAUUAUACAGAAAGAGGAGAUUGUCCUCUCACCUGUAGAGGUAGCCAUUGAGGAUAUCCAGAAGAAGACCAAGGAGCUAGAAGUAGCUACCCUCCAGGAACCCCCUGAUCCUAAGAUGCUUCAGAUGGUCCUACAGGGAUGCAUCGGUACCACCGUUAACCAGGGUCCAAUGGAGGUCGCUCAGAUCUUCCUGGAUGGUGACAAACCCUUGGACAAGCAUCACAAUACUCUACGUCUCUGCCUCAAAGAUCUACAGAAGAAGUGUGGGGAUGCAUUACGCAAGAACAAGGGCCUGAUUGUUCACGACCAGAGAGAAUACCAACGAGAGCUGGAACGUAACUAUCACCGCUUCACUGAUCGUCUUAUGCCUCUCAUCUCAAAGAGAAACCACCAUCUGACUGGGACUAUUAGGAGGAGUGGAGGACGACGGGAAGGAAUUAGGGUUCCAAAGAGCGCAUCAAGCAAUAGCAUUAGAAAUAGUGAGACCUUGUAGAUUCAAUAAGUCUAAUACUAUUGCUCUCUGUCUGUUUUCCUUCUCUGUCCAUCUUUUCUUGAUUUCUUUGUCUAUCUGUCUGUCUUAAUUCUC